ACAACUGUUAUUCCACAAUCAAUAUGUUUCUCGGAUUCACGGACCAAAACCUGUCCCUCCCUCUCUCUCCCAGUAUCAUUGAAUAGCUGGCAUUCCUCACGUGAGAAGUUGAUGUAUAGUUUGACCACGUGGCUCAUUCAGCCGGAAUAUUCAGGGAUUUUUUGGAGCUGCAUUUUAUUCAGAGGCGGUGCUAUUAGUAACGUAGUGUGACAUUUUCACAGCCUGUUUGCGAAAGGGGUUUUGGGGGAAAGACAAAAAAUAGUUUUUUCUCUCUUUCUGCAGCCCGCCAUUCUAGACUGCUAAUACAACUUGUUCUGGGAAUUUAUUUUAUCAUCGUGUUUAUUUUGUAAGAACUCUUUCAUCCCCUCCCAUCUUUUGUAUUUAAAUCGACCGAUUAUUUCUCCAAAGGGGAAGAUAAAGGCGGAAAGAUCUUUGCUUUUUUUGGAGUUUUAGCAACAUGAACAAGCUCUAUAUUGGGAAUCUUACCGAAAACGUAACCACUGUGGACUUGGAAAGUCUGUUCAAGGAAUGGAAGAUUCCCUUCACUGGACAGUUUUUGGUGAAAACUGGUUAUGCUUUUGUCGAUUGCCCAGAUGAUAACUGUGCUAUGAAGGCUAUAGAUACACUGUCAGGUAAAGUGGAGCUGCACGGAAAAUCCAUAGAAGUGGAGCAUUCCGUUCCUAAACGACAAAGGAGUCGGAAACUUCAGAUCAGGAACAUACCCCCUCAUUUGCAGUGGGAGGUCUUGGAUAGUUUGUUAGCUCAAUAUGGUUCAGUGGAGAACUGUGAACAAGUAAACACAGAAACAGAGACUGCAGUAGUGAAUGUUACAUAUUCUACCAAGGAACAUGCAAGACAGGCAAUUGAAAAACUUAAUGGCUAUAUGUUGGAGAAUUGCUCACUGAAAGUAACCUAUAUUCCUGAUGAGAUGGCUGGUCAACAGAGUUCACAACAGUUACAUCCACAAGCACGACGUGGUUUUGGACAACGAGGUCCGCCUCGACAAGGGUCGCCUAAUGGUACAGUUAGACCGAAACAACAACAGUCUGAUGUUCCUUUGCGAAUCAUGGUUCCAACUCAAUUUGUAGGUGCCAUCAUUGGGAAGGAAGGAGCCACAAUCCGGAAUAUCACAAAACAAACACAGUCAAAGAUUGACAUUCAUCGCAAAGAUAAUGCAGGUGCUGCUGAGAAGCCAAUAAGCAUUCAUUCAACACCAGAGGGAUGUUCAGCUGCUUGUAAGAUGAUAAUGGAAAUCAUGCAGAAGGAAGCUCAGGAUACAAAAUUCACAGAAGAAAUACCUUUAAAGAUUUUAGCACACAACAACUUUGUUGGGCGUCUCAUUGGGAAAGAAGGAAGAAACCUGAAAAAAAUCGAGCAAGACACAGACACUAAAAUCACAAUUUCUCCGUUGCAAGACUUGACCCUUUGCAAUCCAGAAAGGACCAUUACAAUAAAAAGCAGUAUUGAAGCAUGUUCCAAAGCCGAAGAAGAAAUUAUGAAGAAAAUUAGAGAGUCUUACGAUAAUGAUAUGGCUGCUAUGAAUCUUCAAGCACAUUUAAUCCCUGGUCUAAACCUAAAAGCUUUAGGCUUGUUUCCUCAAUCUUCACAUGUACUGCCACCACCUUCUGUACCUCCUGCUUAUACUCCAUUUGGGAGCUAUCCAAAUUUCUGUGAUGUGUAUGAGGUAUCGAGCAUUGCUUCAGGGGGCCAGCAACUAGCUCAGCAGUCAGAAUCUGAGACGGUUCAUGUCUUCAUCCCUGCCCUGGCUGUAGGUGCAAUUAUUGGCAAGAAGGGGCAACAUAUCAAACAGCUGUCUCGCUAUGCAUCAGCUUCCAUUAAGAUUGCUCCUGCAGAAGGCCCAGAUGCUAAGCAGCGAAUGGUGAUCAUCUCAGGGCAACCUGAAGCUCAAUUUAAGGCUCAAGGAAGAAUCUAUAAUAAACUGAAAGAGGAGAACUUCUUUGGACCCAAAGAAGAAGUGAAAUUAGAGACCCAUAUUAAAGUGCCAAGCCAUGCUGCUGGUAGAGUUAUUGGGAAAGGAGGUAAAACGGUAAAUGAACUACAGAACCUGACCAGCGCAGAAGUAGUUGUUCCUCGUGAUCAGACGCCAGAUGAAAAUGACCAGGUUAUUGUGAAAAUAACUGGUCACUUCUUUGCAAGUCAGCUUGCUCAGCGAAAAAUUCAAGACAUUUUGAUUCAAGUAAAAAGACAACAACAACAGAAAACAGUGCAGAGUGGACAGCCCCAACCACGAAGAAAGUAAAAGGUUCAGGAUCUCCAAUCUACCACAGAGACAGAUGCCAGACCAAAGAGAGAGAGAGACUGUGUAAUCACAGGCAGUUAAACCUGUCGCUAAUAAAGAAGCAUAUGUUCCACCUUCCCCAGUCACCUUUAUUGAGGACUAGGCAAUCUAUGAACUCUGUCUUUGUGCGAAUGUAUUCUUUAGGCGUUCAAGAAGAAACCUUGUGAAACCCAGCUUUAAAUAAGGCCCUUUCACUUCCCUUCUUUUGUUCGAAUUUCAAAACUUUAUUGCCUUGUUAGCUUUCCCAAAAUUCUUAGAUCUGUUGGGUUUAAUGAAGCUUUCUCUUCUAAUUUUUCACUGAUUACAAAAAGGCAUUGCUCUUAUAGUUCGAAUCAUUAUGAAACCUUGAGAUUUUUUUGGGGAGGGACUAAGGGAGUUGGCAAGAUUGAGGCAUCUGUCCCAACAUGCAAAAUGGCUUUUUUAAAUUGGGUUGUUUUACAAAGAUUACUAGAAUACUGCCAUUAGAACCUAAGGGAAGUGUUGAAUGGUGUUGGCCAGGCAUGAAUUGAUCAUGUAUUUUACUAAACUACCUCAGGCAUUUAGUACCUCAAUUGUUCCUUUUUUCUGCUUAUUUUGUAUACUUUAUAAAAGUAAUAGUCAAGCAUUUUAUUUUUUUAAUAAAAAAAAGUAAAAUUUGAUCAGCUAAAAGCCAGGAGCACUACAGAGAAAAAUACAGAUGUAAAUGUGUUGCUUCUAGCUGCUGGCUGAUGGGAGUAUUCGAUAAAUGAUACUUGCCUCAGUUUUCCUGAGGUCCACAACACCAUCAUUUGAUCAAAAUUCUGUGAAUGUUUGAGACGCCGAAUGAUGCCAAUAUAUACUAAUAGCAGCAAUGCCAUUUUUUUUCUUCUUAAGAUAGGAUGAAAGUGUUUAUUUCCUAUUUUUGAUUGAUGGUACUUUUGGGAACAAAACAAGGAAGUGAUGGCAAGAGGCUGGGGUUGGGGAAAGAGGCUGCAAAAUGGAUUAGCUUUUAGUAUAACUGGGUAAUUUUAAAUGCAUGGACCCUUGGUGCCUUUGACCAUCACUGCAUCUUGAUGCAUAAUGACAGUGUUUGGACUUGGCCAUUUUGUUCAAAGAGCAAGUUUCAUCUUCAAUUACUGGUAGAGCUAUUAGAUCUGUCUGGGUGCAUUUUGGCAGACUUUGCUAGAGUGGACUCUGAAUUUAUUGAACCACACAUUUUGAUCACCAUAAUGGGGAGAAAAAGUCAAAUGCUGUUUGCUCAUUCUAAAGUUGUUGAAAAAUAAGAGUUUACAUAUGCAGCUACUGUAGUGGGCUACACUAAGUCAUGGGAGACGCUGUUAGUUUGAACGCCGUCUUUCCUCUGAGCUUAAUCAAAAUGCAGCAGGGUUUAUGCACAUUCUACAGAUAACCAGUAUAGCAAUAAAUGCAUUAAUGGCCAGAUUGAUAGCCACAAGAUACUUUUGUUCUCCCCUCCUUCUCCCACCGAAUGUAGUCUGAACAGAAUAAGCUAAAAUAAUUAAUUUGUGGUAAAGUUGAAAUACUCCAGUCAAUUUCCUGAGUGCACCCAAUUUCCAUCUACCUCAGUGCUUUAAAUGAAGGCAGUGCAUAUUUAGUGCAUAAACACUGCUGUGUGUGUGUGUGUGUGUGGUCUGAGCAGAGCCAUGCUAUUACCUCUGAACCUUUUUUGUGAUUUUUUUUUUGUGCAUGAGAUGAUCAGAAUCAUCAUGCUGCACUGAAAUAGAGGGGCACAACUUGGCAAAACCAUUUACUUCAUCAAUUUUUGAUCUACCUCUUAGAUACAUUUGAAUUAGAGGCAUUUCUGCAUAGGAUAGGUUGAUAAUUUUUCCCAAAGAUCAUUUUUUGUACAGGUUAGACAAUUUAAAAAUGGUCUGGUGUGUUUUUGCCUACAUAUAUUCAUUACUAAUUAAAAAUUCUCAAAGCUUAUGUUGUAGCUUUAGCAAAAUGGAUUAAUUCUCAUUCUUUUGACAGAGUGACUUCUCCAUGUAGAGUUAGAAAUGUUUUCUUACAUUGAUAAAAUUACUGAACUACAGAAGGUCAUUUAAUAGCUUAAAUGAAUUGACGUGAGGCUGAAAGGUCGGAGCCCACUUUUUUGUUGCAAGUAACAUUUGAUAAAAUUGAUUUACCAUGUUUUUUGGUUUAAUUGCUGCAUUUACAUUGCCUGAUCUGCUGCUGUUAUAUCAUUAAUUUUCUGGUCUAUAUAGCAAGAUUGGUAAUUUGGAAAUAUUGGCAUUUAGUUGAAGGUAGUUCUGUAAACGGAAGUGAUACCAGCAAAAAUAAUUUGGCUCACUUCCCUUUCAUUUAAAUACUGUGCCCCCAAUGCAGCCCCACUUGUCAAAUGCCUCUGUAUGAAAUAAAAGAAUUUAGCUCCUAA